AUGGAUUUAGCAACUAUUUUAGCCAACGCUCAACAAGCACCAAGUGAAGAACUUAGAAGAGGAGCCGAAGAGGCAUUGUCUCAAGCCGCCCAAAAAGACUUUGGUGGAUUCCUCAUUGCUCUUUCACAAGAAUUAUUAAACAACGAUCGUCAACCAUUUAUCCGUCAAUUGGCUGGUCUUGUUUUAAAGAAUGCCGUCUUUUCAAAUGAUCCAGCUAGAUUUGAAAUUGCUUCAAAACAAUGGCUUGCUGUUGCAGAUAACAGAAAGAAUGAAAUCAAAAAUAAUUUAUUGUCCACUCUUACAGCACCAGCAUAUGAAGCACGUCAUACAGCUGCUCAAGCUAUCGCUAAAAUCGCCUUAAUCGAGUUGCCAUGCCAACAAUGGGAGAACUUGAUUCCACAUUUGUUUGAUAACAUUACCAAUCCAAAUGAGCAUAUUAAGCAAGCUACUCUCCAAACCAUCGGUUACAUUUGUGAGGAUAUUGAUCCACAAAUUAUGACUGCACAUGCAAAUAGAGUAUUGACUGUAAUCGUACAUGGUAUGAGAGAUGCAUCCGGAAUGGUUAAGUUGGCAGCUACAGAUGCUCUUUGCAAUGCAUUGGAGUUUGUCAAAGGCAAUUUCGACAAGAAGGAAGAAAGAGAUCAUAUCAUGAGAGUCGUAUUCGAGAAUUGCACAUCAGGAGAUCACCUUAUUAGAAAGUCUGCAUUUGAAAACCUUGUAAAGAUUGUAAGCUUGUACUAUGAAUAUAUUAUGGAAUACAUGAGUGAUAUUUAUAAUUUAACUGUCACUGUUAUUCAAAACGAUCAAAAUGAAAAUGUUGUUUUGCAAGCAAUCGAGUUUUGGACAUCUCUCAAUGAAGAGGAAAUCAAUUUGUCACAAGAAUCCGAAGGUCAAUCAAAGGAGGUUAUGGCCAAAGCUCUAUCAAUGUUUGUUCCAACCAUCUUAACUACUUUAACCAAGCAAGAGGAAGACAACACUGAUACCUGGAAUGUUUGUAUGGCCGGUGCAACCUGUCUCACAUAUAUUGCAAACAAUGUCGAGGAUCUCGCCAUCGACUACGUCGUACCAUAUAUCAAACAAAACAUUGUCUCGACAGAUUGGAGAUUCAGAGAGGCUUCGUGUGUUGCCUUGGGUGCCAUUCUCGAGGGACCAUCGGAAUUCCAAGGUUUCUUGCGUGACGUCAUCCCCGUUAUCUUGAACCAACUCAAGGAUCCAAAUGAGAUGGUUAAAGACACCGCCUCGUGGACACUCGGUAGAAUCUGUGCCCAUCAAAUCGACAGUGUUUCAGAGUUGCUCCAGAGCAUCUUGUCGGGAUUGCUCGACGCCACCAAAGAUCAAUCACCAAAGGUUGCCGCCCACGCCUGUUGGGGUAUCCACAAUAUCGCCACCGCCUUUGACUAUGGUCCCGUCGGUCAAUUCGACAACAUGAGCACAAUCUUCCCAAUCUUGGCGCAACAUUUGUACGUUGCCGCUCUUCGUCCAGACGCCGACCAGGAAUCACUCCGUGUUAACGCCUACGAAGCACUAAACUCACUGAUCUCCUUCUCGUCUGCCGAUCCAAAUCAUAUAUUAGAGGUUUUAACAUUUAUUCUCAAGGAUUUCGAAAAGACAUUCGUCAUGGAAGUUCUCAACACCGAAGAUGCCGAGAACAAGACACAGAUCCAAUCGCUAUUAUGUAGUACUUUGCAGACGGUUGCAUCGACCAUCAAGGAAAAGAUUGCACCACACGCCGAAAAGAUGAUGUAUUUAUUGAUGAACGUCUUCAAGACCCAGAACCAUAUUAUUUACGAAGAGGCAAUGAUGGCUAUCGGUGCCAUCAUCCAGGCACUCGAGGCCGAUUUCAAGCCAUUCUUGGACCAGUUCCUCCCAAUCCUGUUGUUCACUUUGCGUGCCGUCGAACUCGGUGAAGUCGCCAACAUCUCAAUCGGUAUCGUUUCCGAUCUCACUCGUGCCCUCAACAAAGACUUUUCAAACUAUGCGCGUGAACUAAUCCCAUUGGUCAUCCAAGACUUGACAGACUCUAAGAUUUCAAUGAACGCCAAGCCAAACGCUCUCACCUGCAUCGGUGACAUUGCGCUCGCCAUCAGCGGUGACUUUACCAACUACCUGCCAAUGGUCAUGCCAAUUCUCGAACAGGCCACCGCUGUACAAUUAGACGAUAAAGAUUAUUUGAACUCACUGCGUGAAGCCAUCUUCCAGGCCUACACCGGUAUCAUUCACGGACUCAAAUCAGGCGGUGCCGGUGAUCAAUUUUACAACUACGUCACACCAGUACUCAAUUUUAUUUCACUCGUUUACCAGGAGCGUGAGCAUGGUAAUCUUCAAGUAUUCAGUGGUGCCAUCGGUCUCUUGGGUGAUCUCGCACAGACCCUCGGUGAUAAGAUUAGACCGACCCUCCGUGUAUCAUUGGUAAAGUCCCUCAUAGAGUAUGGUCUCCAACAAAGCUCAUGUCAAGAUGUUGCCAAGUGGGCCAACGAAUCUAUCUUUACUCAAUAA